UACGUGCUGUCAAAUGUCAAAAGUAUUGUUUAUUUGAGAGGCAGCAAAGCCAGUCUUCAACAUUUCUCGAAAGACACGUCAGUGAAAGUAUUUUUCCAGAUUUAGUGGCAAAGUUCGUGCUCGGAAGUGUAAAAAGAAAAGGUUUCUAAGUGUUUUUGCGUUAACACGUUUAGGUUAUGUCGUAAUAUCUUUCUGGAAGUUUUCACAUUAGAUAGAUAACAUGAACCGUUACAUUCCAUUCGCAUUUUUCCUCAUUUCCGUGUUGCAAGUUUGCUUCGCACCCCCCGUGACCCAGAACAAAGAUAAAGACAAGGAAAAGGGCGAGGAUGAAAUUGGCGGUCUCGAGGACUACAUGGAGUACCACAGGUACUUGCAAGAGGUAGUAAACGCCCUCGAAUCGGACCCACAGUUUCGGCAAAAACUGGAAAAAGCCGACGAAACCGACAUUAGAUCUGGAAAAAUAGCUGAAGAGUUAGAGUUCGUAUCGCAUCACGUACGAAGCCGUCUGGACGAAAUCAAGAGAGUGGAACUGGUCCGCUUGAAGGAGUUAACCGAGAAGAAGCGGCAGUUGCAGCAAAACAUCGACUUGGAGGAUCCCAGUCACCACCAUCUGGACCACUCGAACCCCCACACUUUCGAAAUUGACGAUUUGAAAAAACUUAUCGCUAAAACGACCGCUGAUUUGGCCGAGGCUGAUAAGAAGCGGCGGGAGGAGUUCAAGCAGUAUGAGUUGCAGAAGGAGUUCGAGAAGCAGGAGAAGCUCAAUCAUACGAAUGGUGAAGACAGGGAAAAGCUGGAGAGGGAGUUUAGGGAACGUGAGGAGAAGCACAAGAAGCACGAAAAGUUGCACGAACCGGGCCAUAAAGCCCAGCUCGAGGAGGUUUGGAAGGAACAAGACCAGAUGCAGCAGGAGUUCGACCCCAAAACCUUCUUCAUGCUGCACGACAUCGACGGAAACGGACUGUGGGAUCAAGACGAAGUCAAGGCUUUGUUCAUCAAGGAGCUGCAAAAAAUGUACGCUGCUGGGGAACCUGAGGACGAUAUGCGGGAGAGAGCCGAAGAGAUGGAGAGAAUGCGCGAGAGCGUUUUCAGCGAAGUUGACGUCAAUAGAGACGGUUUCAUCGACUAUGAGGAGUUUUUAGCACAAACGAAACGAAACGACUUCCAACAAGACCACGGAUGGCAAGGGUUGGAUGAGAGGAAACCAUACACUGACGAAGAGUUGGAGGAGUACAUCAGGCGCCACCAAGCGGCCAAUCAAAUCCCACACGGGUAUCCCCCACAAGGGUACGCCCAGCACCCACCUCCAGGGUACCACCCCAACGUCGCUGUUCAUCCAAAUGGGGUGCCGGUACAACAGUACCAUCCAGGACAAGUACCACAACAGCAGUUCCAUCCGGGGCAACUGUCACAACAGCAUCCGCAACAACUUCAAGGGCACCUACCUGACUUGAACACGAAUGAGGUGUAUCCACAACAACGGCAACAGCAGUACCAACAACCACCACAGCACUACCAACAACAGCAAUAUCAACAAAUGAAUUAUCAACAACACCCACAACAAGUGAACUAUCAACAGCAACACCCGCAAGUUCCGGUGCAGAAUCAACAACAGCAACACCCGCAAGUUCCGGUACAACAGAAUCAACAGCAACACCCGCAGGCGGUUAAUCAACAACAAGUGCCGGUGCAAAAUCAACAGCAGGCGGCUAAUCAACAAGUUCCGGUGCAAAAUCAACAAAUUCCGGUACAAAACCAACAACAACAAAUUCCGGUACAGAAUCAACCUCAAGGUGUGCCACAAGUCCAAGGAAAUGUCCAACAGGGUGCGCCACAAGCCAGUAAUCCGAAUUUAAAUAAUGCCCAGGCUAAUCAAGUUUAAUCCUUAAAAUGUGAUUCGAAUAUUUAUUUUGUUAUUCCGUAUUUUUUUGUAUAAAUUGCAUUUAUUUCCACCUACGUCCAGUGCAAUAAUUUUUGCAUCGUCAUGUAGAUGUGGCUUUUGUCUCCAAAUAAAUUUUAUUUAAAAACAAACAUUGAUUUUUAUGUAAUAAAAUAACUUCAUAUCUG